CCCUGCCGGGCCAAGAUGGGGAGGCUGGCGACGCCGGCUGGGCUCGGGGAGAGCCCGCCGAGAGGGGACUGUGAGCGGCACUGGGGCUGCCCCGGCCUGCUGGAACUGGGCACCAUGAACGACGUGGCCAUCGUGAAGGAGGGCUGGCUGCACAAGAGAGGGGAGUACAUCAAAACCUGGCGGCCCCGCUACUUUCUCCUCAAGAAUGACGGCACCUUCAUCGGCUACAAGGAGCGGCCCCAGGAUGUCGAGCAGCGAGAGUCCCCUCUCAACAACUUCUCUGUGGCUCAAUGCCAGCUGAUGAAGACAGAGCGGCCCCGGCCCAACACCUUCAUCAUCCGCUGCCUGCAGUGGACCACGGUGAUCGAGCGCACCUUCCACGUGGAGACACCCGAGGAGCGGGAGGAGUGGACAACUGCCAUCCAGACGGUGGCCGACGGGCUCAAGAGGCAGGAGGAAGAGAUGAUGGACUUCCGGUCGGGGUCGCCGAGCGACAACUCCGGCGCCGAGGAGAUGGAGGUGUCCCUGGCCAAGCCCAAGCACCGUGUGACCAUGAACGAGUUCGAGUACUUGAAGCUGCUGGGCAAGGGUACGUUUGGGAAAGUGAUCCUGGUGAAGGAGAAGGCCACGGGCCGCUACUACGCCAUGAAGAUCCUGAAGAAGGAGGUCAUUGUGGCCAAGGAUGAGGUUGCCCACACGCUCACGGAGAACCGCGUUCUGCAGAACUCGCGGCAUCCCUUCCUGACGGCCCUGAAGUACUCCUUUCAGACCCACGACCGUCUCUGCUUCGUCAUGGAGUACGCCAACGGGGGUGAGCUCUUCUUCCACCUGUCCCGGGAGCGCGUGUUCCCCGAGGACCGGGCCCGCUUCUACGGUGCCGAGAUCGUGUCUGCCUUGGACUACCUGCACUCGGAGAAGAACGUGGUCUACCGUGACCUCAAGCUGGAGAACCUCAUGCUGGAUAAGGAUGGGCACAUCAAGAUCACUGACUUCGGCCUGUGCAAGGAGGGCAUCAAGGACGGGGCCACCAUGAAGACCUUCUGCGGGACGCCCGAGUACCUGGCCCCCGAGGUGCUGGAGGACAACGACUAUGGCCGGGCGGUGGACUGGUGGGGGCUGGGCGUGGUCAUGUACGAGAUGCUAUGCGGCCGGCUGCCCUUCUACAACCAGGACCACGAGAAGCUCUUCGAGCUCAUCCUCAUGGAGGAGCUCCGCUUCCCGCGCACGCUCAGCCCCGAGGCCAAGUCCCUGCUCUCGGGGCUGCUCAAGAAGGACCCCAAGCAGAGGCUCGGAGGGGGCUCGGACGACGCCAAGGAGAUCAUGCAGCACCGCUUCUUCGCCAGCGUCGUGUGGCAGGAUGUGUACGAGAAGAAGCUCAGUCCACCCUUCAAGCCCCAGGUCACAUCAGAGACAGACACCAGGUAUUUUGAUGAGGAGUUCACGGCUCAGAUGAUCACCAUCACGCCACCCGACCAAGGUGACAACAUGGAGGGUGAGGACAGCGAGCGGAGGCCCCACUUCCCGCAGUUCUCCUACUCGGCCAGCGGCACAGCCUGAGGAAGGCCAGCCGGCCGCGCCGCUCCUGACGGCGGCUUCGGGGGACGGGGAGGACGCCCCGCAGGACGAUUUGUGUCCCGUGUUUCUUUCCGGAUGUGUUUGGGAGGAGCCAUGCCGCUCCUCUGGGCAGGGAUGGGAAGACCUUUCGUGCUGUGGCCGGGCAGCCGGCCGUGAAGGGGUCAUCCUCCCUGUCAGCCAGGCCAAAGGAAAGGUGGCCUGCAGGCUUUUUUAAUUUAUUUCAUCUAGGUCUCCAGACAUGGCCUUGGCCGUCAGAACGAUUAGGUUCACAUAGGAAAAGGUUGAGGACCUUAUGCAGCCACGUGCAAUUGGGGGUCCGGGUGCGCCCUGCCUGUGGCCCCUCCGUCCCUCCCGCCAGCUGUCUCCGCCCAGCCUGGGGGCACCAGCAGCAACCUGGUUAUGGCACGCUGGCCUGGUCCCCUCUCUGGGGCAGGCCAGGCCGGGCUCGCCCGAGAGGCAGAGGAAGGAGGUUGCAGUCUGUUGCUGUGUGUUAUGCUGUUCACAUGCAUUUUGGGGUUUUUAAUCAUAGUGACAAGAAAGCCCCUCCCUCCCACCCUUUUGUCCCUUCGGGCCAUCUCCCGUCGACGGUGUCCCCAGGCAGCACUCGUCCUGUGGAGCAGCUUCACUGGCCCGCCAUGCGCCCAGCGCCCUCCAGAAGGGCCUUCAGGGCACCCAGAUGCCAUGCUGCACCAGGGCGCUUUUUACAUCCAACUUUACUAUUUUUACUAUUAUGAGACUUUCCCUCCAAAUUCAAUAAACACUGCUUUUCAACUC